UGAUCCUAGGGUUUAUUGGAACAAGAGGUAAAUAUCGGUCUUUAUGAAGAAAAAAAAUUGUGACAGAUGCAUUGGGUUUCCACUUUUCACUUUUUUUUUCUCCAAGACGAUGCAAUGAGAGGUUUUUUACUUUAACAUUCUCUCAGUUCUAUAAAGCUGUCAUUGUUAUUUGUUCUUGUUCAGCAAGAUAUCCCCAAACUAAAUGUGGUCAAACCAUCUUGAGUUUCCUUAGAAUUUGAGUUUUCUUUUUGGCUUUGGAGUCUUGGGAAAUGGCUAGUGAAAAUGGUGAUGAUAUUGGAUUGGCAAUGAGUUCAAUAUCCAUUUUCAACAAGAUUUCAAAUACAUUGGGUCCUUUCUUAGGUUCUGGUUGGGAUCCAAAUGUUUCACAGAGUGAAAGCCUUGGAGGUUCUUCAGUGGCUUCCCAUUACUAUCUUGUGAUGGAACGUCAGGGAAUUAGUGGGACUUCCCAUGUUUCCCAGUAUCAAUCUCAUCCGAGCUUUGUUGAGCUGGUGCCGAAGCUUAGUGGCUUUGAUGGUGGAAAUUUGUCUCAAAUGGUUGGUCCCUUUGGCCUACCGCAAUGCAACCAAAUCGCCAACAGCAGGUGCCCCUCGAAUUAUGCUCUAAACGCCGAGGGUGGCAAUGGAAGGGGUUUAACAAACAGUUUGCGAUCACUUGAUGAGUACCGAGUCUUAGAAGAAGCGCUUGUGGGCUCUUCUCCUAAUGGAAACAUCCGAAAACGAUCUCCUGAAUCCAACUCUCCGUUAAGAUCAUGCAAGAAUGGUUAUGAGGAGCCUCGAAUGGAUCUGUCUAGCGACAGCUGCGAUGGUCCAAAAGAACAGAAUGGGAAGAAACAGAAAACAGGUGGUGAUUCACGUGGUAAGCAAGCUUCUAAACAACAUAAAGACGGAUCACAAUCCGGAGAAGCUCCUAAAGAGAUUUAUAUCAAUGUGAGAGCCAGAAGGGGUCAGGCUACAAAUAGUCAUAGCCUGGCAGAAAGGGUGAGAAGGGAAAAGAUAAGUGAGAGAAUGAGAUUGCUUCAAGAACUCGUACCGGGAUGCAAUAAGAUUACAAGGAAAGCUGUAAUGCUUGAUGAGAUUAUCAACUAUGUCCAGUCAUUGCAACAGCAGGUUGAGUUUUUAUCGAUGAAACUUGCCAUUGUCAACCCAGAGCUAAACCUUGAUUUAGACAGAAUUUUAUCCAAAGAUAUUCUUCAUACACGAAGUGGAAGUGCUGCAGCUCUCGGAUUUGGUCCGGGGAUGAACCCCAGUCACGCAUUCUCCCGACAUCUUUCCCGGAACAACUUCAGGCAUCCCGAAUACAAAGCCGCAAUUCCCUCCCUUACCACAUGUAUUAAAAGGGAUGUCGAAGCAUCCUUUCCUAAUCUCUUCCUCAUCAGAAUACAGAUUCUAACACAUUCCGUUUAUCAAUGGACCGUGCUAGACAAUGAGCUGCAAAAUCUUUUUCAAAUGGGAUUUUAUUCCGGUUCAAACAUGGACGGUUUCGAACCAAAUGAUUUUCGUCAAAGUGAAUAUAGUUACAUUUUCUAUCUCGGUUUUCCAUCGUUUAACCUUAAGCCUCUCGACAUUGUUCCACUGGUCGUUUAAAACCAGAGAUUUGAUAUGUGGAAGAAAAUAAGAUAAGAAAAAAAAAGCUUAGUUCCUCCUAUCCAAACAUUUCAAAUGUUUCAAGUAGAAGCAGAUAAGCUCUCAUAUAGAAAAGAAAAUAGAAUUGCAAGGAUAACCCAGAAUUAUUUCAGCUGUACAGGUGUUUUUUUAAACUGUUUGUUGUUAGAAUUACAAGUCAUGUAUAUUUAGAA